UUAAAUUUGCUGUCGUCGGCUAUCCUGGACACUUCGCGAGAUGUCAAUCAAUACGUCGCAUUCGUCACCGAUACCACCAAUUUUUGGCAGCAUAUCCAUCCCAUUUGAGGAUACCCACUCAGGAAUUUCCGAUAAAUCUGUAAAUUACCAGCAACAACGUUCCACACAGAUGUCGGACUCCAAUAAGUUUUCUUGUGGGGGCUCUGAAGACGUUUCAGGUGUGCAACAGCUCCCUUAUGCAUUAGCAGCAAAUGCGCUCCAGAGUCAAUUUAAAAUUAAGCAGCAACUGCAUCCAUCACCGCAGACAUUUUCCAAAAAGAUGCAACCGACACAAGCUAAUUUUAUUGGUAGCGAAGCCGUCAUGCAAAUGUCGAUGUCGAGGUCGAACCCAGCUACGGGCAGUAUGGUGUCCAUCAGAAGUGAGCAGCAGCUUUCCCAAAUCUACAAUUCACAACAACACUCAGACUACAUAAUCUCCGACUAUAUGGACAAAAUAGCAACUAGGAUCAGCUUGCUGGAGACUGAGCUGAAGUUCGCUUGGCGCGCCUUAGAUUUAUUAUCCACCGAAUACGGUAAAAUAUGGACUCGCUUAGAGAAACUUGAAAAUAUUUCGGUUGAGCAGCAGUCUGUAGUAAGCAACCUCAUGGGUCUUAUUGCAUCAGCUAAGCCACACCAUAAUGUGGACAUCGAUCUUGACCUUGACGCGCAAGCAACUUUUCCUAAAUUUCUUCCGUUAGGUAUGGAUGUAAAUUCACACAUGGUUGAAGACAAAACCGAAAAGCAUAUGUCCAACUUGAAUUUAGAUACUGGUGUUUCCGUAACUACCGAAGACGAUGGCCUCGGACGUACUUCCGGUUUUUUUAUGGACUCCGAAUAUGGACUAGGAGCCGAUCAGUGCGAUGAAUUUUUUUUGGACUACGAACCUGGUCCUCUUAACGAUAAUGACCGGGACGUGGAUUUGGAAGCUGACCAAAUCGAUUUUGAUAAUGAGCACAAAUGGUUGCUAAAUACAGACGUUGAUGGUAGUAAAUCUCGCCAAAAGCUUUAUUCGGAUUCGGAUAUAAUAUUGUAUCAACAACAGCAGCAGGUUUUGGCAAAUAAUGCCAGGGCCGACUUGUUAAUGGAAUUCCUUAAUGGGCGGCGCGUGCUUCAAGAAGUUGCAAUGGGAUCUGCAGCUGGCGCCUCUGCAUCUACUGCAUCCAGUAGUCUUUUAAACUUGGCUCAACUGACAAAAAAGAGUCGCACACAUGGACAUAGACAUCACAAAGGUCGUUCUCACGAUGAAGCAGAUAACCAUUGCUUGACAGUAACAGACUCCGAUUCCGGCGCAGCUUUGCAUGGAAUGGAUUCUAUGUCUGUGCCUGCAACCAAUCAGGAAGAACUAGACGAGCUUAUUGAUGAGGCCAAUUUUUUUCGCUUAGCCGCCUUUAGAACGGGCGAAGGAGGGAAGCAAGUACUGCCCAUUGAAGAUACUGGUGGAACGGCCCAAACAAAAGUGUUGAAUAGUGAAAUGAACGAGACUUUUUACAAGACCUUAAAUGAAGCAUAUCGUGAUGAUAAUUUAAGCUCGGAAAUAUCAAAAGUAGAGCACCUUCUUCAACAGUCUGGGGCUGCUCACGAACAUAUCACUACAUUAAAUGGUGGACGAUCGACAUCGUCCCUUAUGAUGAUCCACGAAGGUAACGAGGAUGAUGCUUUAGACGCCGAACUUGCACUUACUGCAUCGCAGGUGUCUGCCCCUCUAAGAACCAGUAAGCUGAUUAAGUCAGGAGUUUGCUCAGAUCAACAAGUAGGCAAAGAGUCGCGAAAGCACAGAAAAAAGAAGCACUAUAAAAACGAGAUGGACAUGAUUAAUAAUCUCAAGUGCAUACUUGCUCAAUCACAAUCCACAUCUAACAAAGACAAGAAUAUGAAUUCACUUUCAGAUCAGCAGCACUCACAAGGCAAUAAAACCUUAACCAAAGAGAAAAAUGACAAUCUGAAAUCGUAUCUCGAUGAUUCGGACAGCUUAUGCCCCGAUCAAAAUAUCGCUAUAUUGGAUACCAUAACUGAACUGAUGAUACGUGAAAUAAAUAAAAUUGAAGAUUUGCAAUCAUUAAAUGCUUCACAAAUACGUCAGUUGCGUCAGGAAAUUCGGUCGGAAGUUACCUUUUUUGAAAAACUUAAUCAGGUAGAUAAAAACUUGACACUGCUGCUACUUAAUCCUGUUACAAUGGGAGAAGAGAUGCGCCGUCUUCACGUAAAAGAACCCAAUUGUAAAUUUGAUCUUGUGAUAAAGAAGUUUAACAAGAAUAUUGACACGCUAAAGAAACUUGUUGGGAAUUCAUUUGAUGAGUUUAAGAUAACUAGCAAAAACAGGUCUGCGCUUGACCACAGUGCCAGCUCUAACAGAGACCAGAGUCCUAGUAAUUGCACUAUGCUCUCUAUACCCGACCCCAAUGAAACUGGAGUUGGCUAUAGUGCACACUUGCUUCGUAAUAAGUCAGACUUGGAUGAGCAGCUAAAGUUACUGGAGACGCAGGAGAUCGAAAUAAAUCGAAAAAAAGCCAUCGAGCAGAUAACAAAUGCACAUGGAAAAAAAGUGAAUAACUCCGACACCGAAGAAGAAUGUAGAGUACAGCAGAGGUAUAUCGAGUGCAGUCCAUGUCCCAAUCCAAAUCAUAUCAAACAUCUGUCAAGUUCGGCCAGCAAUAUUUAUAAUCAAGAUGAAUACAUAAAGUCGCUAAAAAAAAGCUUGGAGCGGCAUAACAGCAUGCUCUUCCUGCUGCAUCUUCAAAACCCUGAUAAACACAAAAAAAUAAGUGAUUUGGAUGAAAUAUUUCAGUUGGAUCGAAAUCGAGAGAGUCAAAGUCCCCCACCUCCUGCUCCCUACGAUAAUGGAUUUGAAGAUAUAAUUCCUGUCGGAAGGGAUGAUGGCAUAGGCACAGAGUCAUCAAAUCCUUUUACUUCCGAUCAGAGACAACAGACUCACCAGCAGCAGCAGCAGCCGCACGUUUCACCGCGUCAAGCUAAAUCUGAUUCGGGACUGUCCUCUAUGAGUGGCUGGUCACCAAAUUCACCUGUACCCAUCAGCAUACAAAGCUGCAAUCCAUUUUUAAACAAGUACAAAGACAUCAAUACGGAAAUGCUACAACUGCAGUUGCACUUGGGAUAUCCAUAUGGAUUGGUCGACUUCCGUGAUGAAUCAACCGCCAACAGUGAAUCGCGUCCCGAAGGUGGAUACGUAUUUUCCGAAGAAAACUUAAACUAUAUACAGGAGCUAUCAAAAAAUAUGCCUAUUUGUUCGGCCUAUGAAAACAAAUCCAUUUUCAAUGUUAAUGUUAAUAAAGAGAAGGAAUUUUCCACAGUAGACGAAUUGCUAAAGUGGGACCAGCAGACGGAUAAACAAGAGACCGAUUGCAACAUAGAGCCCAAACUCCCAUCACUUCAACGGCCUCCGAGUGCUACGAAUUCUUCUGAACAUAGUGCAAAUAUUAAGUGCCGAAUGCCAGACUUGCUAAAGAACCAAUUAAGUAUUUCAGCGACCAAGUCAUCCUCAAAGAGAAGAAUAAUCAAGCCAGACAAACAAUUUGCAGAAUUGAGAUCAUUACGAGGUUAUGAUGAAACUGAUAUAGACCACUUGGAACGGCAGGAUUUGACGCGUAAACCUUAUUUAACCGACCGUCUGGUAUACUAUCCAUCAUCAAACGGCAUUGCGGAUUAUAACAGCAGCCGAAAUCUGGAUUUUAUGGGGCUUCAGCAGUCACAGCAACAGCAUCCACAACAAAUCGGGUUCUUGGCGCAAUCCCAUGCAAUCAGUUCGCCGUCGAUUAAUGCGGUAGAAUUUCCUAUUGAAUACUUUUCCAGCGAAUCUACGUCAGCUGAACCGAUGUCGAAAAAUUCCCAUCGGGAUCCAUCUAUAGAAGUCCCACACAAACCAACAAAAGUGUGGAAUAAGCUUAACAACCUAUUGCCAGAAAAUUUGAAGUUAAAACGCCCAGCCAAGUAUGCUCGAUCUCAAUCAUUACCCGGUGAUGUGGAAGGGCAAGAGUCAGAGGUGCAAGGACGUGGCCAGGUGAGCUCGUAUCCGUUAAUCGGUCAUCGGCGAUCUCAAAAGGGAAAUAGGUGUGAAAGCGCUGGUAAUGAAGUUGUAAGUGGCAGCCACUUAGAUUUGCCUAAACGCAUACAAAAAAUACCGUUGCGCAUUAUACAAAGAGCCACAGCCUCACACUCCCAUUCACUAUCGUGUUCAAAUACGAAUGCAGCGCAAAAGAAGCGUUCGUUUUCAGCUAAAAUGAACCAUCUAAUGCAGAUGGCGAAGACGUAUAAACGGCAGAGCUUUGGUCCGCGCCCCGUCUCCAGCAUCUCCGAUUCCGAAACUGACAUACCAGGCUUCACUUCGUCGGAUAAUGAUGAUUGGUCGGCAAAUGAGAACUCCUCUCGGCAUCAUACGAACUCCGACCCGGCCAUCGAUGAUUACGACGAGGAGGAUGUCGAUUCCCUUAUCCCCGAUGAUGGGGAGGCUGAAAACAUCGACUAUAAUAACAGCAAAAUGGUUGUUACUGGAUAUGGUGAAUCAAAUGAGGAGGGCGAGAGUCAUAAUGUAUUUGCCAUCAUUGGAGAUUUAAAGAAGUCAGAGGUCCUUUCCACAAGCAAUCUUCAACUUCAGCAACGUGCUGUUAUGCAAAAUAAUAUUAACAUAUCUGAGCAAAUUCCAGAAAAAACUUUGGAGAGCAAUGAGACCCCGACUUCUGAAGCAAAGGCAUGUCUUGAAAAAAGUAGUUCCUUGUAUGUCGGCGACCAGGACGCUGACAAUGGCGUGACCUGCAUGCAAAGUGAAGUUAAGAUAAACGUACCCUUGUUGCAUGUAGCAACAACAGCAGCUAGCACCCCAACUUUCCCCCAUGUCUCGCCCCAAAACAAAAUAGUUAAUGUACAACCGCAAGCAACGAAUCGUGGCAAUAGCAAUAUAGUUGGUGGUUCUUUUUUCGCGGCACAUCAGUCUCUAGACAUUCCAAGCUCUUUGGGUCAUGGUUCACGGGACGAUGAUGACAAUCGUAGUCAGCAUUCGGGCCGCACUCUUUCAUCAUCUCGGCGUCAAAGUACGGAAGACAGCAUCGAUACGGACGACGAGUACUUUUGCUACGAGUUACGACAGCUCGAGGAACUGGAACAGCAACGUACAGCUGAGGCAGAACAGCGCAACAAUAAAGACGUGCUAUUGUCGCAGAUUGGGCAGUUGACAAUAGACGAAGACGGUUUUUGCUAUCCAGAACUGUCUGCUGAGUUGUCGCCGGAUGAAGGCGUUAGGCAGAAUAUGUCCAAAGUACUAAAUGAACUUAAGUGCGUCGUUAGACUACAGCCCGACAUAUUAAUUGGGUCUGCAGCCGGAAAUCAAACCGGAUUCACAACACCAAAUGUAGCUGCGGUAAAUAGUGGAGAUGGUGUGAAAAAGCAAAAACCAACUGAGAAAUUUGCCAGAGUCUGUGAUAUGCAUAGUGCAUGGCAGGACGUGAACGGCGAUCUCCAACAGGCUGGUUCUGACCUUGAAACGCACGAAGAUACAGAAUCUAUUCGCAAGGAGGAACGUAUACUUGGCGAAAAACACCAGCAAAAACGCUUAAAAAAAAAACGACGCGAUCGCGAACAUGUACCCAGCUCAAGUUCAUCGUGUGAAUCAGAAAACGAUUUCAAAGACAGCAAUCUAAAGAAGCCGUCACAAAAAUCGAAAAUUGUCAUUACCGCCGCUCUAAAGACAACUGCUGUUGAAUCGGUAUCGGACCAAAAAACAAUCGAAAAAUGUUCACAAGAAUCGGCGUCUUCAAGCGCAACCUCCGGUCCUGAUACACCAGCAGAAUUAAGCGAUGAAAUUGCCACUGACGCGGCUCCAGAUGAGGAGAGAAUUUUCUUAGCCCUACUCUCAAAAAAUGGAGAGCCUGCUGAAAAUGGGGAUCCCACUGACAUUUGUGGCGACGAUUUCAAUUUGUUUGAGGAAAGCAAAGCUACUUCAAGUCAGCCCGAAAUGGAGUCAGAAUUAGAACAGAUUCCUGAGGCCAUAACAUCAACGAAUGGCAUAGUCAGCAAAUCAAAUCCCAAAAAACUUUUAAGUCAGGACUCUAGCAUCGACGUAACGCAAUCUAGUAUUGGAAACGGCGCAGCCGCCAGUUUUGGUAGCAGUAAGUGGAAAUUGUUAAAGACACUUAAAGAAAGAAAGAUCGAGGAAAGGAAUAACCAAGACAAGAUCAAAGAAGAUGUAUUAAGCAAAGAUAAAGAAAAGAAUGGUGGCGGCACUGGCGAUGUUGGAAUACGCACCAAUGGACAUCCUGGCGAUAAUCCAUUUUAUAGUAACAUUGACAGCAUGCCAGAUAUUCGGCCUCGUCGAAAAUCCAUACCCCUUGUUUCUGAACUGGUGCUCAAGACAAUGGCGGCAACAAAAAGAAACGCUGGACUAACAUCUGCUGUGCCGAGGGCUACUCUUAACGAUGAGGAAUUGAAAAUGCAUGUCUACAAAAAAGCACUUCAGGCGCUGAUCUAUCCGAUUUCCUCAACGACACCUCAUAACUUUGUCCUCUGGACAGCAACGUCGCCGACUUAUUGCUACGAAUGCGAGGGUCUGCUUUGGGGAAUUGCUCGCCAGGGCGUGCGCUGUACAGAGUGCGGCGUAAAGUGUCAUGAGAAAUGCAAGGACUUGCUGAACGCUGACUGUCUACAGCGUGCUGCUGAAAAGAGCUCCAAACAUGGAGCCGAGGACAAAGCAAAUUCUAUAAUUACCGCCAUGAAAGACCGCAUGAAGCAUCGAGAACGAGAGAAGCCGGAAAUCUUUGAAUUGAUCAGAGCCGUGUUCAGCAUUGAGGAGAAGAGCCACACGGGCCACAUGAAAGCUGUGAAGCAGAGUGUCCUGGAUGGCACCAGUAAAUGGUCGGCCAAAAUAGCAAUCACAGUGAUUUGUGCUCAAGGCCUGAUAGCGAAGGAUAAAAGCGGUACCAGUGAUCCUUAUGUGACGGUGCAGGUUAGCAAAGUCAAAAAACGAACGCGCACAAUGCCCCAGGAGCUAAACCCUGUGUGGAACGAGAAGUUUCACUUUGAGUGCCAUAACUCGUCAGACCGCAUCAAAGUUCGCGUUUGGGAUGAGGACAACGAUCUAAAGUCAAAGCUGCGUCAGAAACUGACUCGUGAAUCAGACGACUUUCUCGGACAGACAAUAAUCGAAGUUCGCACUCUAUCCGGUGAAAUGGACGUGUGGUAUAAUCUGGAAAAAAGAACUGACAAAUCAGCAGUAUCAGGAGCUAUUCGCCUUCACAUAUCUGUUGAAAUAAAAGGCGAAGAAAAGGUUGCACCCUAUCACGUGCAGUACACUUGCCUCCAUGAAAAUCUUUUUCACUACCUUUGUGAGGAAAACAGCGGCAUGGUUAAACUUCCAACACAAAAAGGCGACGAUGCCUGGAAACUGUAUUUCGAUGAAAUCCCUGAAGAAAUUGUAGACGAGUUCUCUAUGAGAUACGGCAUAGAGAAUAUAUACCAGGCAAUGACGCACUUUCACUGUCUGUCGGCUAAGUAUCUUUGCCCAGGUGUACCCGCCGUUAUGAGUACGCUAUUGGCGAACAUAAACGCGUAUUACGCCCACACCACCGCCUCUUCUGCAGUUUCAGCAAGUGACCGCUUUGCAGCAAGCAAUUUCGGGAAAGAAAAAUUUGUUAAGUUGUUGGAUCAGUUGCACAAUUCUCUCAGAAUCGACCUGUCUAUGUAUAGAAAUAAUUUUCCGGCAUCGAGUCCAGAAAAGCUGAUGGAUUUGAAGUCUACAGUGGACCUACUAACAAGCAUAACAUUUUUCCGCAUGAAAGUACAAGAACUGUCCAGUCCACCGAGGGCAAGCACGGUUGUCAAAGAUUGCGUCAAGGCCUGUCUACGAUCCACGUACCAAUUUUUGUUUGAAAACUGCUAUGAACUGUACAACAGGGAAUUUCAGGUGGACCCGAACGAAGCUAAACGUGCCCCUGAUGACCACGAGCCAAAGUUAGACAGUGUUGACUUCUGGCAUAAGCUAAUUGCUCUAAUUGUGUCCGUCAUUGAUGAAGACAAAAACAGCUAUGGCACUGUGCUAAAUCAAUUCCCACAAGAGCUGAACAUUGGCCAAUUGUCAGCAGCAUCUAUGUGGCACCUCUUUGCUGUUGAUAUGAAGUACGCCCUGGAGGAGCACGAACAGCAUCGUCUUUGCAAAUCGUCCGCUUAUAUGAACUUACACUUUCGGGUUAAAUGGUUAUAUAGCAAUUACGUAAAGGAGGUGCCUCCAUACAAAGGUGCCGUUCCUGACUAUCCCGCAUGGUUUGAACCAUUUGUGAUGCAAUGGUUAAAUGAGAAUGAUGAUGUCUCCUUGGAAUAUCUUCACGGCGCCUUUAAUCGAGACAAAAAGGACGGGUUUCAAAAGAGCAGUGAGCACGCACUGUUCUCCAAUUCAGUAGUCGACGUUUUCACUCAAUUGACGCAAUGUUUCGAUGUUGUUAGCAAGCUCGAGUGUCCUGAUCCAGAAAUUUGGAAACGUUACAUGAGGCGUUUUGCUAAAACAAUCGUAAAAGUGCUAAUAGCCUAUGCCGAUAUUGUGAAAAUGGAGUUUCCAGAGCAUAUGAGAGACGAAAGAAUUGCUUGCAUCCUUAUGAACAACAUACAGCAAUUAAGAGUACAGUUGGAAAAAAUGUUUGAGUCAAUGGGUGGUGAUAAGCUAGAAGAAGACGCUGCAAACAUUCUAAAGGAAUUGCAACAAAAUUUGAAUUCGGCUCUAGACGAUUUAGCUUGUCUUUUUGCCAUUAGCCUGGAGCCUCGCAUAACACAGUCGGUCCGGGAGCUGGGUGACAUGCUGCUCUCUAUAAAGGGGGGCAGUGGAAACCUUGUUGCCGGCAACCAAGCUGCACAACGCAACGCAGUUGCUGUUGAAGCCGACGAGGUGCUGCGACCCUUAAUGGAUCUUUUAGAUGGUUCUUUGACCUUGUACGCCCAGUCAUGCGAAAAAACCGUGUUGAAGCGCCUGUUGAAAGAGCUUUGGAAGAUUGUAAUGCGUAUUUUGGAAAAGACAAUUGUGUUGCCUCCAAUGACCGAUAAGACUAUGAUGUUCAAACACCUCACCGACAAUGCUAAAAAUCUGGCCUCUAAUGCUAAAAUAGAGGAUAUGGGUCGUCUAUUUAAGUCGCACAUGGCCGGAAAGCAGGACGUGAAAAGUGCCCUUAGUGGUGUCAUGGACAUGUCAAAGGAGGUGGAAAAGAAUCUUUCACCCAAACAAUGUGCCGUGCUUGACGUUGCCUUAGAUACAAUCAAACAGUACUUCCAUGCCGGCGGCAAUGGACUUAAGAAAACAUUUUUAGAGAAGUCGCCCGAGUUGCAGAGUUUGCGAUACGCCCUCAGCCUAUACACUCAAAUGACCGACACAUUGAUUAAAACAUUCAUAUCCAGUCAAGUACAUGAAGUUGAUCCCGAGAAUGCUGAGGAAAGCGUCGGCGAGAUUUCAGUCCAGAUUGAUCUGUUUUCUCACCCAGGUACCGGAGAGCACAAAGUUACUGUGAAAGUUGUGGCUGCCAACGAUUUGAAAUGGGUUAUACCUUCUGGUAUGUUUCGGCCCUUCGUCGAAAUCAAUCUGAUUGGGCCACAUUUGCAGGACAAAAAACGAAAGUUUGCCACUAAAUCAAAAUCGAACAACUGGUCACCAAAGUACAAUGAAUCAUUUAACUUCGCCAUUGGAAAUGAGGAACAACUUGACUUCUUUGAACUACACAUUUGCGUGAAAGACUAUUGUUUCGCACGAGAUGAUCGGUUGGUGGGUGUUGCCGUUAUUCCACUAAAGGAUAUAUCUGAAAAGGGGUCGGUAGCGUGUUGGUUACCUUUGCAACGACGAAUCGAGAUGGACGAAACUGGUUGGACAAUUCUACGGAUACUUUCGCAGAGAAGUAACGACGAGGUUGCCAAGGAGUUUGUGAAGCUUAAGUCAGAGAUUCGUCAGGAGCCAACUAUGGGUACUUAACUCAUCUAUGGCGAGAUGAAAAAACCAUUCAAGUUACUUUCGCUGAUCGAAUCUUCAGUUUUAAGACACAUACACACCAUACAUACAUACACACAAAAUAUUCUCCAUUCCACUGAAACUACUCCACUACCGAUGGUAGUUUUACCAUUCACAUACAUACAUACAUACAUAGAUAAAACACAUUCAUACAGACAUUUAUAUAGCCAUACAUACAUAUACGAGAAAAUACAAUACAAAUAUGAAAAUUUAUUUCCCUAAGACUAUGAUAUGAUAUUAUUAGCGAUCGUGCCAGUGGUGUAUAAGAGGUUCCAGAUUCCAGCUUCGCCGGCAAACAAACAGCGUCAGCCGGCAUUCGAACUCAAUAGAAAUCGCGAAUUCCACACCGUCGAACUAACAUACAUUUUCAUAUGUACAUACGUUUGAGAUACAAUCACACACGCACAUUCCUAUUUAUGUAAAUAAGUACCUGUAUAAAUAUAAUUUGGUAUUUCCAUAUUUUGUUUAAGAUAAUUCAUAUGCGCACUGGGUCCAUGUGAAUACGAAUGUUUUUUUAUUGUAAUAAUAAACAUUGGCAUAUUAUCGAUCAA